AUGCUUUACCAACUGGCAUCUUUUCUACUCUUUACAAUUGCAGUCCUCGCAACAGCCCACCAUCUUGCGUUACUCCCGCCACGCCUUCUUCGAGCACUUGCUGCAAGAUCUCGCAACAAAUCUUACCAUAGUAGUAGUAGUACCAGCAAUAAUAAUAAUAAUAAUAAUAAUAACAACACUUUAUCAUCAACACAACCACAACCACAACCACAACUACCACCAACAACAACUAUAAAAACAACCUCAUCUUCACCGAAUUCACACAACUACCAAUCACCAAUAGACACUGAAUUAGGACCUCCUCUUGAUCUUGAUGACAUUGAAAAUGACGCCAAUAAUGGAACUUCUUCUACUACUUCAGGUUCAUUCUUAAGUGCAUCUUCAGUCCUUCAUCGAAACCAUCGUAAACCUUCUUCAUUCCCUCUUAUUCACAAAUCCUUUCUCUCAGAAUCAACUGCAAUUUAUAGAUUUGCUCUUCCAAGUCCUACAGACACUUUGGGAUUAACUCCAGGACAACAUAUUACAGUUCUGGCACCUAUCCAUGGGAAAAUCCUAAGUCGCAGUUAUACGCCUGUAACUUUAGAUUCGGACUUUUAUACAAGCAGCAACAGCAGCAAUAGCAGCAGUAGUAGUAGUAUUAGUAGUAAAAAAAGCAAUAACAACAAUCAGUACAAUAACUAUAAUUCUAACACUAAUACUACAACUACAACUACAACUACAAACAACUAUACAAAUACAAGAGGCUACUUUGACUUGCUGGUCAAGUCUUAUCCUUUUGGAAAUGUCUCGAAACAUAUUGCUUCUCUCCCCCUAGGAGCAUGCAUCCAAGUCUUAGGACCAUCAUCAUCUACUGGGUCUUUUGUCUAUUCUCCUCUCAUGGCCAGACAUCUCAACAUUAUUGCUUCAGGCACAGGUAUCAUUCCAAUUUAUCAGCUACUUCUUUACAUUUUUUUUUCAAAUUCUACAAACAAUUUCCAUCAUCCACAUCAUUAUUCUCAUCAUACUAAUACUACAACUACUACUACUAAUAAUAAUAGUACUAAUACCAAUGACAAUAACAAUAACAAUCACCCAUCUAUAUCCUUAAUUUACAUGAAUGAAAAUGAAAGAGAUGUUCUUCUUAAACAUCAAUUGGACUCUCUGCCAAUCCAAACAACCUAUAUUUAUACCUCUUCUCAACCUGACUCUCAAGGUUUAGAUUCUCCAGUUGUUCUCUCAAGAGAAAUCUUAACAAAACAUACACAACUUCCUGAUAAAAACAAUCACCAAUCAGUUAGACUAUUACUUUCAGGCCCUCCACCAAUGGUUUCAGCUAUGCGCAAAGUUGCUGUAGAUGCUGGCUAUUCACCUGCACGAAAAGGACUUUCUCGUCCAGAUGAUCAAAUCUUUGUUUUUCAGUAA